AUGGCGCCUCGGGAUCGCUCCCCGGUGCAUGUGCCUCUACGAACAUCCAGUCGAACUCACGUCAAGACCGGAGCCAUGGAGAAACGUGACGACGUUGGUUACAUCGAGCGGAAAACCUCCAAGGCGCAGCGCAUCUUGGGGACCGACUUGCCGCUCCCCAAUCCACAAGGCGGAUGGGAGAAACCGCAAAAAUCUCGUCGACAGAGUCUCCGGACCCCCGACAGCAGCUCCAGACAGUCGGACCAGCAUUCGGGAUUCGCAGCAUUCCCUUCGUCUCGAGACUCGAUAGCCCCGCCUCCCAACCUCCGCGUUCGUGCUUCGUCGCCUCUGCUCGGCCACAAUUAUCAAUCUCAAGAAUCUGUACCGCCAAUGCCCAAGCACUCAAAGAGGGUCCACCAAUCCGGGUCUUCGUCCACUUUGUUCUCCUAUUUCAGCUCCAAAGAAUCAACCAAAUCAAACUCGAAAUCCAACCCGACUACCCCCAAACAACAGAGCCUCCAACCCCAUGUCCGUCAUGAACUAGGGCUAGACCCCCAAGUGACCUACAAACAAUCUCGCAGCGCGGCAAAGGAACAAGAGAAGGAUAAGGACUCCAAACGCAAGCUGCGGCCUCCCCGCAUUGAUCUAUCGAUCCUCUUCCCGAAACCUCGAAAUAAUGCCCCUCCGCUGCUGUCACCCCAUCGUAUGACCAAGUCGCCUUCCCCGGUCCCCACUGUCGUUUCAGAUUAUCCCUCCAACCGGAUGGACCGAGGUGGAAUUGUCUCCUCGGCGAAGAAGUUUGGAGAACCCCUGUCCCAGCGAACCUCGGUCAUUCCAAAUGAAGGCCCCAAGCAGAAUGGUGACCGCUCCGAUCUGCUCUCAAUUCCCGAAUCUAAAGAUGGCGAGUGGUAUGACCAUCCGCUGGAGCGGACUGUGGGGACCAGCGAGAUUGAUCUUGCCUUGGACCGAUACGCUGGGCGGCGGUCGUUGUUCAGUCGCUCUAGUGUUUAUACGGCCAGUCGAGAGAAAUUGAAACCCGAUACCCAUCGUCCUGCGGAAAUGGGAAUCGCGGCUCGCAGGGGCCAAACCCCGGCUGCCAUCCAACCCAAGGAUAUGUACUUGAUGCCGACGACACAACCAGCGGAGACAACUCGCCAUCGCGCCUUGACGACCGAAUCAAGCACGUCGCGUGGUGGGAAGAGUGCGGUUAGCAAGAAGAGCAGCAAGAGCACGCUGAGAAACAAGGACCUCCAGAAUUCCAGUGUGCUUUGUCUCUCUUCGUCGGAAGAUGAGGAUGAAGAGGACGUGGAGACACCGACGAACCAGCAAGGCAAGGCCACCAAAGACUCCCGCCGAAGCAGCGUGGCCACAUACGGUGAAUACGAACCGGAGAUCUAUACCGCACGCGCUGUGCAGGCUGCCACUGUCAAGAAGGUCAACCGGGCGCCGUCGACUAGCAGCCGAGGGUCUCAUCCAACAAAUGCACCUAGCCAGUCAAAUCGCAGACAUACGUCCAUCGCCUCUACCGGCAAGUCGUCGACGACCACUCGACGCACCGCGAAUUCCAAGCGGUCUAGCCACAUCCCUAUCAUCGCCGAACCCGAUAUUCUCAACCAGUUCCCUCAACAGCCACUGCGUUCGCCUCAGGAAUUAAAGGAGAUGAACCGACGAAGCAGAGUCAUCGCCGUGACCCGCCAGGAGCAGGAUCUCCUCGAGGCGAUGCGUCAGCGCAAAGGCAAGAUCACACCCAGCAUCUUCCAGUACAACAGCGGUGCGCCAGAAACCGAUCGUAAUUCAAUGGUCUCGGGCCCGUCGCGAGACUCGUUCUGCGGCUCCGACACGUCCUUCCUGCGCCUCAGCGCUGCGUUCCCGCCCUUCCACGCGCGGACAGACCAAGGUGCAACUCACAUGGACAAAAAAGCUUCUCCCUCGCAGAGUUCGGGUUCUGAUACUGAACAGAAAAUUGGUAAUCCGAUGGCCUCGCCCCAGUUCAGUACGGGCUAUUCCGAAAGUCUUCCAUCGCCCGCCACGAGCGGCGCUUCACCCCUUACGCCAACCCUCCCUAUCCAUCGAUUCUCACCGCUGCCCUCGCCGAAGCCUCCUCCCCGUGGUCCUCCCCCCGCCAUCCCGGAGGACCAGAAGCGGCAUUCCCGCCGUCGCACCGAUAGCAGCGAGGCAAUUAUGCUGCACGACAAUGGUGAGCCGCAGCGCAAGCACGACCUUCCCCUCUGGGCAUUCGACUUUGACUGGAAACACGACCGGGCGAGUGUGGCCCCCGUGUAUUAG